UAGUUGGUUCAGUUCAAACUUCAAAGUGCUAAAUCUUAAAGCCCACCUAGUAUUGUGUGGUACAGUUGUACAUACUAUUAUGGAAAACAAAUAAAAAAGAGAGAAAAAUACAAAUAAAUGGUCAAAGGCACGCGUCGUCGUGUAAUGUCUUUAUAACUGUUUCUUCUUCCAACAUAUAGCUCUCUUACAAUCGCCUUUCUCUUACAAUCGCCUUCACUUUCUCCGCAAAGAAAAGCCUUCUUCUUCUCUUCCUUUUCUUUCUCCAAUGUGGUCUUAUUAAUGCCUUUGAUCUUCUCCUCUAUCUCUUCAUUUUACAUUUUACAUUGUUCUCUUCGCCAUGCCUUUGCCUUGGAACAAAUCGAAAUCGAAAUCGAAAUCGGGUCGGAUCUCCAGAUUCGUAUCGGACCUCCGACAAUCUCCGAAACGCGGCGGAUCUCUCGUUGUCGAGACUGGAUUCCCAACCUCUCUUAUCGAUCUCUUCGUUAAGAAUCGCGAUCGUCUCAACAAAUCUUCUUCUAAACGUAACAACAACAACAACAACAGCAACAAAGCUCAGACACAAACCGUUCCGACACGACGGCUCGUUUCUUCUCCGCCUCCUCCUUCUCUGCCUCAGAAGCUCGAUCCACCGUCGGAGGAUCUCGCCGCGAGUAAGAUCGAGGAAUGUUUAGUCGCUGCGGAGAAUAGAGACGACAGUGGCAACGACCACGACAGCGGUAAUCGCCGCGGCGGAGGAUGUGUUUUGAUGGUGGUUGCGGUUAAGAUUUUCAUGGUGGCUGUGCUCGCCUUGAGCACGAAGAAGCUAGCAGCGGGGAUCACUCUCUCCGCCUUCUCCCUCCUCUUCCUCGAGCGUGUGUUCACACUCUUAAAUCUCUGCCCCGACGCGCAGGUUCGGCUCGGUACGCUGAUUGGGAAGCUCAUAGGUAGGAAGCGUAUAGAGAAGCUAGAAGAGUCGUCAUCCUCACAGAGAGACAAGGUCUCUUUUGAAAUCAUCGAAAGCGUUGAAGAAUCGAGAGAUUGCGUUGAGGAGAGAGAGGUGCAGAUGAUCAGAGACGUGGUGGUGUUGACGAAAGAGAAGAGUAAAAGCGCGAAGCUGAGAUCAAAGAUUGCGAAGAAGAUUGUGCCGAAGAAGUUGAGGAGUUACAAGAAGAAUAGGAAGAUGAAGCUCAAAGAAAAAGAACAAGCGGUAGAGGUAGUAGAAGAAGAAGAGUCGUUGACUGAAGUGUCGAGUUUGUACUCCGAGGAUAGAGUGGAGAGCAAAGUAUCUGAGGGAGAUGAGAUUGGUUCGAAUCCGCCAUUGUUGGAGAGCUGUGAAGAGAUUGAAGAAGAAGAAGAAGAAGAAGAAUCAAAGGGGGAUCUAACGAAAGCGAUUGUGUUGAUGAUAGUGAUUGCUCUUGCUGGAUUAUUAAGCGGCAAAGUCGUAGCUAUUGGUCUGACACUCUCUUCGUGUCUGAUUCUGAGAUUGGUCUGCUGCAAAUCUCAAACUAGUCUCUGAACACCAAAAAAGACUCGGUCUUUGAGAUAUUUUGUUUUCUUCUGUUUCCGUGGCAGUGGUGGGGCCCACGGAUCAACGGGUUGCGGUGCUGAAAGGGAGUGUUGUUGGGUUGUUGGCAGUUCGAAGCUACAAUUGUUUGCUUAUGAAACUGUAAAUUAAAAAACAAAAUCAUAUGAACAGAGGAAAUUGUUAGUAUUAUAUAAUGGUCAAAGAGUCGAUAAGUUGUUGUUUACUGUGAAGGAAAACAAGUUAAUAGUAUAUUUUGAAAAUUAAUUGUUAA